AUGACUUGCAACGCGGAAGUGGUGUGCUUCAUACCAGGUCGGGCCGCAUGUUUGUGUACAGGUGGUCUUCGAAGAAUUUCAACUCCUAUUUGUCUAUUGCCGGCGAAGUGUAUGAAAAGAAAUGCAUACGCUACCCGAAUGCAACUAUCUGACUCUGAGUUACAAAGUCGGCAGCCAGGUCCCUUAGACAAUUUGGGGGUAAAUGAAGCUCCUGGACCACACCAGGGACUUCAGUCGGCUGAUGAGGCAAUGGCACGUCAGAAUAUGGUAAUCGAUACUCCAGAAGCGGAUGAUGGGUGGUUCUCCAUAUCUGAGACAAGUGCAAAAGCCGAUACGGGCUCUUACGACAAGGUGCGCCCAUCGCAUGAGAUCCCCAGCGAAGAUAGCGUCUUCGACCUUGCAACAUUAGACGGAAUGGGGCGUGAGGUGCUCGCUGUUGCGAGCUACGACCAGGUUGUGGACGUGAACAUUGACGAUGGUGGUGUGCUCGAAGAUGAUGAGGACAACAACGAGUUGUUCUGUGGCGUGGGCCUUGACGCUCUAGUGGAGUCAGAACAGAUAUUGAAAAACCUUAAGGAGGGCUUGAACAUCGAAACGGCCACUCACGUGCAGCUUUCUGCUAUUCCCCGCGUCCUGGACAAGAGGGAUGUUGUGAUACAGAGCCACACGGGCACUGGAAAGACACUCGCGUUCUUAUUGCCGUUGCUGGAUGAGAUUGAGACUGAAUCCCCAUACGUGCAGGGUGUUAUUGUAGCCCCAACUCGAGAGCUUGGGAUGCAGAUCUUUCACGAAUGUGAACGACUAUGUGAAGGCACCGGUAUUCGCUCUAUAGCUCUUAUCGGAGGCGCGAACCCCGUGCGACAAGUUGAUAAGCUUAGAAAAUGUCAACCCCACAUUGUUGUUGGGACCCCAGGAAGGAUUGCAGAACUCGAGGAAAAUCGCGAACUGCGUGUUAGAAAUGUGGGCAUGUUUGUUGUUGACGAGGUUGACCAAUGCGUUCAAGCUGGGAUGGGAGAAGAUGUAAUUUACUUGCUCAAGACUAUGAUGCGACGAACGCAGAAGGUUUUGGUAUCUGCGACGUCAGAUGUGGACUCGGUGCGCUCUUUUGCUGGCAAAUAUCUUCACAAGCCUGUCUUGCUGCGUGUAGGAGGAGCGCAGCGCUUGCCAAGACAGAUUUCACACUGGUUCUGUGUGGUACCGGCUCGAAUGCGUGUAGAACUUGUUCGAAAGCUCAUGCACACCAACCCUGUACCCACCAGGGCAAUUGCGUUUGUCGAUGACCCUCGUCGCGUUGACAUUGUUGUGGACCGCCUCUAUCAAAUGAAGAUUGUUGCAGGGGCAUUGCGUGGAAAUGCCCACAAAUUGGAGAGGGCGGAGGUGCUCACCGCGUUUCGCAAGGGAAGAAUUAACUUAUUGGUCACAACAGAAGUAGCGGCAAGAGGACUAGAUAUCCCCGAGAUAUCACAUGUUUUCAAUCUAGAUCUGCCCACCGAUGGUGAUCACUACGUGCACAGAGCUGGGCGAUGUGGACGUGUUAGAAACGUGGGCACAGUGGUUAGUAUUACGACAGCAGAGACGGCCUUUGUGAUGCGCCGACUGGAAAAAGAGCUUGGUGUGUCAAUCACACGGAUGGAGCCUCGUGGCGGAGACUACGGCCCAGUGGCAAGUCGGCGACGACAUGGGGAAAAUACCGAUAAACGGAAGCAGAUGGAGAUCCGAGGAGAGCAGCAAAGAGUUGAAGGUAUAGUAGCUGGUCGCCAAAGCACUAACACGUUGGAUUCAAGAUUUGGUGACGAAAAGUUCUCUUCCAGCGAAGUGAUAGAUGAGAGAUCAAUCAUGGAUUUGGUGCGCCAAAUAGAAGCCUCGGAUGCCUCGGAUGCCUCGGAUGCCUCGGAUGUCUCGAAGACGAACGUUGUCGCAAAGCCAGCAAACCGCACAAGUAGACCGAAGAAAAAGGCCAAAGGCAAAACCAGCAUGGACAGGAACGGGAAACGUGAUGAUAAGAAGAAACCCAAAGUCAAACAAAGAUGGCGGGACCUGAAGGCUAAAGGGAAGCCGACGGGAAAGCUUGGGAAGAAGGCAAGAGCCGAUGAUUCGUCCUCUGAUAGCAAUGCACAAUUGAGGGAGAUAAGUGAUGCAGACACAGGCAGUAAGAAAAAGGCUGAGCAAAAGCAGGGCGGCAAUUUCAAAAGGGGCAAGUCUAAAUUAAGCUUUAACGCAAUGGCUGCUCGGGAUGGGUGGGUAGGGAACCGAUAAGGACUACGUCAUACUUUUUGUGCACCUUAGUGCUCGCGAAACUUGUUCAAGAAGAUUGGAAGGGCUGUCUAGCGUUGUAUCCUAUCUUUUGGGCCAGAACGGGAUGGGCAUGCUUAAAAGGGCGAACUUAGGAGAAAAUCAUUUAUUAUGCAAGAUCCCCAGGACGGUUUUGCUGACAUCUGCAAACCGUCGUGGGGAUGCUGUAUCACCGAGAGAGGAUGUUGACAUCCUCUCUCGGUGAUACAGCACAAAGACAUUUUGUUUUCUUGGCAAAAGUGUCCAAAGCGAAUUGGCCAGGAAUUCGCAAAUUCUCAGAAUUGCAAUAGAAAGGGAGUACUGGCCAAAAGUACGUGGUCAGUAAUUUCUGGAGUGGCUUCAAGUCCGGAUUAGGAACACGUCGCAGAAAUGCUUGAUCGUUACUCCCUGAAUAGAAAAUGACUGUUACCACGAAGUGCAAAAUGGUUGCACAAGUUGAGGACAGUGGGCGACUCCGAAAAACAUAAAUUGUGUACACGCAAAUUCUCUUGUG